UGAACCUAAUCUACUCAAAGCCUUAGAAAAAGUGAUUUUGCAAAAAAAAAAGCUUGAGCUUGAGAAGACCGACGAGACUCCUUUCACCACGAGCAGGACUCCUUUCACGACUUACUACAUCCCUGACGUGCCAAGCCUUCCGUCUUUACAGAGGGUCGACAUAGUAGGCGUGAUUCCUGGGGAGGUGGUUCCUGGGAAGGUGGGCACAUCGCUCCACACAUACGAUGUUCGGCUUAUUUUUAUAGCUGAGGACGCAAUAAAUAUGGUGGCUGGAGGAGGUUCUUCUAGAACAAGAAGUGGAGAGAGAUUUACAAGAGCUGCUUAUCCUGGUAUAGAAGGUGGCGCAAGGUACCUUCCUCCAGACAUUCGGACACACCUGCUACGGGAAGACUUUCCAAUUCAGGACAAGCUGAAGACACUGCUAAAAUUCGAAAUUACGACGCUCUUGGAAGAUCAGAGAGCAGAGGCUGAACUUGGUGGAGUGCAGAGUCCUGUUGGGCAGAAGCGGAAGUCCUUUGAUGAAGACCCUUCAUCUCCAGGAGCUCCAGGAGGUAAAAAAUUCAAAUUUCGGGAGAACAAAAAGAACCUCGAAAACUUUAUAAAUGCUUCUCCACGGACACCGCGGCCGG